GGCUCGUUGCUCUCAACCUCCCACCCUUCACGCCGCGCUACCCUCCUUCACACGCCCGUUCGCCCCAUCCUGGAUACAUCUCGCAACACUAUCAGGCCAGAUGGCCACAGGUCGCUCGUUGUAUGAUACGCUGGGGAUCACCCAAUCCGCCUCCGCCGAUGCUGUUCGCAAGGCGUAUAAAUUGAAAGCAUUGCAGACACACCCAGACAAACUGCCAUUAGGCACGCCCGAAGCCGAGAUCGAAGCUGCAAAGGCACGCUUCAGAGAGGUCCACACAGCGUUCGAGGUCCUCAGUGAUCCGGCGAAGCGCCGCGCCUACGACAAUGGACUCGAAUACUUCCGCAGACACGUCAACGUCAACAUGGGCGAGAUGCAGACCAAGCUCGCGCAGGCGAAGCUUGCGAAGGAGCGCGCCGAGUGGGCGCGGCAGGCAGAGCUGCGCCAUCAGGAGCGGAUGCGUGCCCUGCGCGAGGAGGUCCUCGCGAGUCAGAGGCGCUACCAGGAGACGAUGGCCAAGGCCGAGUUGAGGUACCAGGAACGCGUGCGCGCGCUGGAGGAGGAGCUCACUGCGAAGAGGGAGGCCGAGCGGAGGGAGGAGGCGAGCAUGCGCACCGAGUCAUAUGACAUGGCUGAGGAGAUGCUUCGGGACUUGAGAAAGCUGAACCCUGAGUGGGAGAUACGGAGGAAGGAAGUGCUCCGCGUAGGUGGACAUAUAUAUUUCGCAAAUCUCGAGGCUGAAAUAUCCGGAUAUAGCGGCAAGCGGAGAGAAUGAAGAAGACAGAGAGGCCGCCGAUGCGUGCGUCGCAGAGCGAGCCUGUGUACCUUUGACCCAUCCAUCCCGGGUGCUAGAUCUUAUUCUGGUAUUUAUCGGACUUACUGACGCUGAUGUUGUCAACAAUACCCCCUCCCUCGCAAGCGACACCUGUACAUUGCUAUGUCACAAUUCAUUGUAGAUCUGCACCAAAGCUAGGU